AUGGCAAACAGCCUGAGGGUUAAACCUUUGCACCAGAACAUAGCAUGUAUUCCCGGCGAAGGACAACCAGCGAAACAUUUGACUCUCGAUCAGAUAUACACCAACCUUGUCGUUGUUCCAGACAGAGCUACGUAUGACUUCACUGGAGACAGACAGGAGAAAUUGAAAGUCUACGCCAGAUCGGCUGAGAAAACUACAACACCUAGAGGGGCAGAGGACAUCCUUACCCACGAAAACAAAAAAGUUUUGAUUAUUGGUUGUCCCGGAAUCGGAAAGACCCUUUGCUGUUCCAAAAUUCUGAGAGACUGGGCGUCUAACGAAGUAUUCUGUAAAACACCUGAUGCUAAAAUCCAUUUUGAUGCUGCUUUCUUUAUCAAAUUCAGAACUUUUAACGAGGGAAACGACCUUACACUCAGGGAACUGCUCACUCUGUCAGAACAUUCCACCUCAGUUCACAUGCAUGAAGAAGUCUGGAAAUACAUCCUUGAGAACCCCCAAAGUGUUCUCUUUGUUUUCGAUGGAGUCGAUGAAUUUAAACAUAACUCAAAGAUCGGCGAUGAAAACUACGAUCCUCGAUUCAGAGACCUCGUCGACGAAAAGAUGCCCGUUCACGCACUCUACGAGAAGCUUGCGACGGGAAAACUUCUCAAAGGAGCUGCUGUUUUGACAACAACAAGACCUACGGCGUUGUCAUGUAUCGAAAGUCUACCUUUUGACAAGGUCUUCGAGAUCCUCGGCUUCUCAUCCAAACAAGUCAAAGAGUACGUAACCAAAUUCGCUGAAGAGGAUAAGGAUGCGGGGGAAAAGCUAUGGCGACACAUCAACGGCAACAUGAACAUUCUCUCUCUAUGCUACAUUCCUGCGAGUUGUUUCAUCAUUUGCUCAACUCUAUUCCAUUGGCCGAGCUUUAAAGGUUCUAAAAGUCUUAGCCUACCAACGAAACUAACAGAUAUUUACAAGAAAGCGGUGAAAAUUUUUUACUUGAGACACGACGAAGAAUACCGCGGCAAGUGUUUCGCUCGCGAACGCUUAGAAUCGGACGAUCUAACCCGUGAAGUCGAAAAGAAAUCUGAGAAACUCGAAAAAAUUGCAUUUGAAGGAAUUAAAGAUGGAAGGCUGAUCUUUGGAGAAAACGAAGCACACGGAAUGGAGAACAGCACCCUCUUUCACCGUUUACUCGACCGUCCAACUGAGUCAAAAAACGAAAAACAAUUCUGUUUUAUUCAUUUAACAAUGCAAGAGUUUUUCGCUGCCAGGCACCUGACGAAUAUGAGUGAAAAAGAAUUGAGGGACUUUGUUUCUGAGAACAUCAACGACAGAAAAUGGGAAUUGGUUUUCCAGUUUCUAGCAGGACUAAUGAACGAUAAAGAAAAACUACCGAGCGAAAUUAUCACAGACCUUCUUCCUGAGGAAACUGAAGAGAAAGAAGACGAAUACUACAACGAAGAGAGGACAGAGAAUAUGGAGCCAAGGAAAGUCACCUGCUGGCCGACUAAAGAUGAAAAACAUUUAGCAGUGACAUUAUUUAAAUGUUGUGGUGAAAAUAAUGAGAUGAAGGCAACAGUUCAAAGAAAACUUCAAGAAAUUAACUUUAAUUUUGUAAAUUUUAUUAAGUGUCAACUCACAGCUGUUGAUUGUCCUUCAUUAGUUACUGUAAUUGAGAAUCAAGGUAAAAACAUUUCACAUUUAGAAUUGAGUGGCAAUAACAUUGGCCCUUUGGGCUGUUUAGAGAUUUGUAAAUUGUUAAAAUGUAGGAAUUCUACACUGAGCUGGUUAAACCUCGGAGGAAAUCAAUUGACAGAUGAAGGAGCAAAGUAUUUAGCUGACGCCAUCAGAGACAACAACUGUCAGCUACGCUUGAUAGACCUCUGGGACAAUCACAUCACAGAGGAAGGAGCACAGCACUUGGCUGAAGCCAUCAGGAACGAAAACUGUCAGCUACGCACGUUACACGUUAUUACUCUAUGA